AAAAUGUUAGUUGGCCAAAGAUGUUCGCAUUAGUUUAAAGUGGCCCUACCCACCGUGAGGGGCGUGGAGCGAGCGGACAGACUGUCCAAACAAGGAAACCAAGACGUUUGAGAUUCGUUCAAUAGUGAUGGCACAUCUGCAAGCUGAUAGCAGCGGCAUGUUAAAGGCUCUGCCUGUUUUAGGCGAGAAGGCGCUUCCCAUUGCGUCGACGUUUUGGUAAUAUCGGAGAUGGUUAAUUCGAACCAAUUUUGUAGCCACCCUUAACUGUUUAUUUGGGGCAUCUCCCUCUGGUCAACACCUAAACCCAAAUCAGAUGUAGGUUAAUCCAGAGUGGCAAAGUGUUAUUUGAAAGAAAAGACAGCAGAGGAAGCUGGUGCGGUGGCGGAGGAGAGGCGACAGCUGUGACCAUAAACGGCGUGGGAGGUGGACGCUUGUUUGUAAAUACCCCAGCUCAUGAAGGGGAUGGAGGUGUUGCGCCGCUCGUCGGUGUUCGCAGCAGAAGUGAUGGAGGUGUUUGAUCGCUCUCCGACAGACAAAGAGCUGGUCUCUCAAUCCAAGGUGCUGUGUAGAGACUACAUUCACUCGAGGCUUAGUCGCAUUGGAUUUGGAUGGUCUAAACCUGACCAUGGAUUGUCUUCCGGAGGGACACUCGGAGAAGUCUCGUCUGUCCUUCUCUGGUUAGGUGAUGAGCUAGAAUACUUGCGCCCCAAUUUGUAUCGCAACGUGGCUCGCCAGCUGAAUAUCACCGUUGCUUCAGAGAGUGUGGUUUCUGACGCGUUCCUUGCCGUAGCUGCGGAAAUAUUCUCCACAGGGGUCACAUGGGGUAAGAUUGUGUCUCUCUAUGCGGUGGCUGGAGCUUUGGCGGUGGACUGCGUUCGCUAUGGCAACCCAGCCAUGGUUCAUGCCAUUGUGGAUUGCAUGGGAGAAUUCGUCCGCAAGAGCCUAGUGUCCUGGUUAAAGAAGAGAGGAGGAUGGACUGACAUCACAAAGUGCGUAGUCAACACAGACCCCAGCUUCCGUUCCCAUUGGUUGAUGGUGACAGCCUGCACGUGCGUACACUACCUGAAGGCCGUGGUCUUCUAUCUGCUGAGGGAGAAAUGAAAGGCGGGACCAAGAUGGAUGCGGCAGACGAGCACCCUGUCCUGUUAUUGGGGGGGAGGACUUCUGGUCACCAAUUUUGAUGCAUUACUUCUCUUGGUGUGUUUAAAACAAAGACUGUACUGUGCCUUUAACAGACGUACUUCAUUCUCUGCGAAGCUUUGCGUUUCAGGCUGCUUUGGCCGCAUGCACUGUCGUAUGUCUCAGUAAUGACUGGAGAUGAUGCAUAGAGGAGAACUACACUAUAUGGGCAAAAGUAUGUAGACAUCUGUCCAUCAAACCGUUGUGAGCAUGCUGGAUGUUCCAUUCCAAAACCCUAGCCAUUGAUAUGCACUUGGUGUCACUUGGUGGUUGUAAUCCCCUCCACUCUUCUGGGAAUACUUUGCACAAGAUUUUGGAGUGUGUGGUUGUGCCCAUUCAUUUUAGAUAGAUCAAUAGAUGCCCAUGUUGCAUAACUCGCAAUCAACUUUCCUCUUCCUCCCAAAAGUAUUCAGUGAGGUUGAGGUCAGAGCUCUGUGCAGGCCACUAGAGUUCCUCCACCCCAAACUCUUCAAAUCCUGGCUUUAUGGAUAUAAUUUUGUUCAGUGGAACAUGGAUCAUGGAAUCCAUUUCCACAAAGUUGGAAGUAUGUAAUUUUCUAUAAUGUAUGUAUAUGCUGGAGUAUUAACAUUCCUAUUCAAUGAAAUUGAUGGUCUUAACCUGCAACAAUAGCCCCAGACUUUACUGUUGGCACUGUGCCUUCCAGUAGCUAUAGCUUUCCUUGCAUUUACCAAACCCAGAUUUGUUGUUCAGACUGUCAGAUAGUGAAGUGUGAUUCAUUAUACCAAAGAACAUGUCUCCACUGCUCCAGAUUCCAGUGGUGGUGUGACUUGCACUGCUCCAGUCAGUGUUUUGCAUUGUGCAUAGUGAUCUUAGGUUUGCGUACAGUUGCAUGGCCAUUUCAUGAAGCUCCUCAGAGUUCUUGUGCUGGCCAUGUUUAUAGAGUCAGUUUGGAGCUCUUUAAUGAGUGAUGUCCCGCUCUAUUCUUGGCUGAACUCCUGUUGUUGCUCCUAGAUGCUUCCAUUCCGCUAAAAUAGCACUUAAGGUUGACUGGGAGAGAUCUAUCAGGGCAAACCUUUCAUGAACUGAACUGAGGCAAUGUUUCAAGUCAAGCUCAUUAAUGUGACCUAUUCUACUGUCUGUUUGCCUAUAGAGACUGCCUGGCUAUGUGCUUAAGUUAAUGUACUUGGCUGAAACACCUUCUCAAUAAGGAGGGAUGUCAAGAUACUUUUGGCCAACAAAGCAAGAUAUUUAAAAAGGACUAAAAGUGGAGUUCCUCCUUGUUUAGUGUAUAUCUAGAAUAAUGUAUACCUCAGACAUAAACAGGACAUCCCAAUUCUUCAGUUGGUCUACAUUGCUUGAGCCUACCAGCAUAGAAUAGGCUCUCUGUCCCAAAGCUUCCACAAAGGUGAAGAGUGUGAUGGUUCCCUUUGCCAAUAUUACCAUGUAGUAAUAAAUGUUGCUUUAUGAACUUUGAUGCCAAUAUGGGUUCACCAUUGAUGAUGCAACCAUGUUGGAUUACAACAUCCUAUUUUGUUUUAUAUUUUAUUCUGCGAAUAACCACACAUUGCUAUUGUGUGUAUUGGAAUGUCACAUUGAAUGUGCUAAAUAAAUGCUGAUUAAUUUAAAAA